AAUUGCCAACCGCCAUUGUUGUACAAUAUAUAAGAGCCCCCUCACCCAUGAAACGAUAUUUUACUGCAAAGAUGGGUGUUCCAGAAGUAUUUUGUUUUAUUCUUUCUAUGUUCAUGUAUGGAACACUUGGUGAUUUAUCUUUACUUGAAAACGAAGCUUCUGAUAAAAAUGGCUUGCUCCCUAGUACUGUAUCUGGUAAGACUUCUAAUGUCAUACGUGACAUUCUGAAUCAGGAAAGUCUGGUCCGCUUCUCUAUGGUGCAAAAAAUACAGAAUUUAGUGAUGGAUGCCAUAGACAGCAAAAAGGAUGGACAGGUUAUCAAGGCAAAACUAAGUGAGGUGACAAAGGAACUGCAGGAUUUGGAGACUAAAAGCCAAAAUAUUGAGGAAGAAAAUAUCAAACUAAAAGAAGAAUUAAAGGUAGUGUACGGGACAGUGAAUGACAAUAGAAACUUUACAAAGGAAGAAAUUCAGUAUCUUGACCAGAUGAUUGAAAACAAAAUUUUAGGUCUUCAAGAACAGCUUAAUUUGUCAAAAAAGACAAUGGAAAGUGACCUGAAAAAAGUCAUACAGACUUUGAAGAUGACGGAACAGAAGACAAACGAGAAAAUAAAGGCUUUAAAUGAAUCGCAAAUGGUUUCCGCUAAAAGCCCGCAAAUUGAAAUGCUCCAAUAUCAAAUGAAUGCAAUGAAUGUUACAUUACAGAAAUGCAGCGUAAGCAGUUUUUUUGAAUUUGUGAAAAAGACAGAGUACGCUUUAGAAAACUUCACCGUUUCUGUAAAUGAAACUCUACGCACUGUUUGUGGGGAUGUGAAUGAAUCCAGCUGGAUCUUGUCAAAAGUGCUUCUGAAGGAUUGUGGAGAAAUUUUAAAGAAGUUCCCAAGUUUAAAGGGAAGAGAUGGUGUAUACAGAAUAUCCGUAGGCUCUGAGGUCAAGUCUGUUUACUGUGACAUGAGUACUGAUGGAGGAGGGUGGACGGCAAUACAAAGAAGACAGGAAGGGUCUACAGAUUUUUACCGGACUUGGAGAGAUUGUAAAACAAGGAUUUGGAGAUCCCUCUAAAAACUAUUGGAUUGG